CAGCCACGACCUCUCUGGGCAACCUGUGCCAGUGCCUGACCACUUUUAUUGUCCAGAAUUUCUUCCUCAUAUCCAAUAGAAACAGCUUAAGCUAUUCCCCCUCUUCCCUGCCUGCCCUUGGGACGAGGCCCUCUCCAGCCUUCUGCAGGCACUGGAAGGGACUCUAGGAGUUCUAAAAGGCCAACAGCAGACAGCAGCCGUUGGUCGCCUGACCCUGGCCGGUCAUGAGCCCAACAUUCUAAAACCUGGGAGUUAGAGGGACGGGCCAACCAGCAGGCUCGGAUCCAGGUGACAUCACAAGCACUGCAGAACACCUGAGGAACUGCCGGGGCAGAGCAGCAGGAGGGCACUGCAGCGUGAGCUCCUGUCUGGCUUCCCUCUCGUCCCCUUUGGGUAUUGGUGUCGUUCUCUAGCAGUCACCCAGCACCUUCUCGAGUCAGAAGAGAAAUGCCUAAACGCACGGGUAGAGUCAGUCAUUUGAUGGCCCUUCCCCCCUGUGAACUCCACAGACUUGGAGAGAUCGCAGAGCUGGUGGCUUCUGUUUGCCUCUCACGCAUCUGUAGGAAAAAGCUAGCGCUGACCUUGAAGAAGAAAGGCUAUAUUCCAAAGCUGCUACAGCUUUUCCAAGAAUGUGAGAGUGCAAAGAACACUGAAGGCUUGCAUCUUCUGUUUGACAUUGUGAGAGGAAUUUUGUACCUGGACAAAGCCAUUCUCUUUGAGGUGCUGUUUUCUGAUGAGUGUAUUCUGGGUGUUGUUGGAUGCCUUGAAUACGAUCCUUGUUUGGCUCAGCCAGGAUGGCACAGGGAUUUUUUGGCCAAAACAGAAAAGCUUCAGGAGGUUAUUCCCAUCAGAGACCCUGAACUCAGGCAAAAAUUCCUCCAGACAUCCAGGGUGGAGUACAUUCACACCAUCAUCAUGCGUAACCCACCAUAUCUUAAAGUGCGUUGUCUUUCUACCCUCAAUUCCUUCAUCGGCUCCAGCAAAAAUGAGAUUUUUCAUGCGUUGCAGCAAGAUGAGGAAUUUUUGCCUGAAGUUUUUGCAAAAUUAACAAAUGGAGCUACAGCUGGUGAGCAACAAUAUGAAUUGAUGAAGUUUUUCAAGGAAUUCUGUGCCUUUUCUAUCGCAUUACCCGAGAAAAGAGAUGAAUUUCUUCAAACUUUGUCAAAGCUGAGAUUUCUUCCAAUUCUUAAAAUGUUAAUGGGAAUGGAUGAUCUGCGAAUUAGAUCUGAUGCUACAGAUAUAUUGUCUUAUCUAGUAGACUUUAAUACAGCCACCAUCCAUAAAUUUGUAAUACAAGAGGCUCAGCAGAGUGAGAAUGAUACCCAACUCAUCACUGAGAUCAUUAAGCGGAUAAUCUGUCGUCCUGACCCCGAAUUUGGAGGAGAUAUUCAGUUAAUGGACAUUUUGUGUGCUCUGAUCGAUCCAAAGGAAAUGCUGGCCACAGCUAGUCAUUUAGAAGUAUUUGAAUUUCUCGAUGUCUUCUACGACCGUUACAUUCAUGUUCUUACAGCGCCGCUUCUGGCUGAUACAUCAGAAGAAUGGUAUGAAAUAGAUAAUUAUCAAACAGCAGAAACACUUGCCUCGGUUUUGGAGCUGUUGUCUUUUUGUGUGGAACAGCACAAAUAUCACAUGAAAAAUUUCGUCAUGAAGAAAGAUCUCCUAAGACGAAUACUGGUCUUGCUGAAAUCCAAACACAAAUUUCUGGCCUUGUCUGCUCUUCGCUUCAUGAGGAGGAUAAUUGGCCUGAAAGAUGAACUUUAUAACUGUUACAUCACUGUGGGAAACCUGUUUGAGCCUGUUGUAAAUGCUGUGUUGGACAACGGGAAUAAGUGCAACCUGUUCAAGUCUGCCUCCAUGGAGCUGUUUGAAUUCAUCCAAAAGGAGGAUAUUCAGAUCCUUAUUACACAUAUAGUUGAGAACUUCUCUGAUGCACUGCAAUCUGUCAAACACUUUCACACAUUCCAGGCACUGAAGACAAAAUAUGAGCACAAAAAAGAGCAGCAAAACAAGCAACUGAACAGCAUCCCCUUCACAUUGCCUGGUGAGACAGUUGUCAAAGAAGCAGCAGUCUCACAGGUGGCUGAAGAUGUGCAGCUCAAUGAAGGUGAAGAGAAGGCAGCACCAGCACCACCAGCAAGCUCCAGUGGCUCCCAUCCAAUGUGCACAACCCUGAACACAGUGGAGACAUCCCCCAAGAGAGGUAUCUUUGAAAUAUUUGGUUAUCCUGAUGGUGAAGAUGAUGGGACAUCACCAAAGAAAAGAGCUCGUCUGGACUCCUAAAGGAAGCUGAAAUUUUAAAAUAUGAACUUUUAUUGUGGAUUUUCCAGUGCUGCAGCUGUUUAAUAUUAACAUACAGAACCAGCUGCAAUCCAUCACAUAGAUCUCUCUUAUAAUAUAUAUUAUUAUAUAGUAAUAGUGUAAUGUAGUGGUAAUAUAUUUUUAUAAUGUAGUAUAAUACAAUAUAAGUAAUAUAAUUAAUAUUGCGAAAUAUAGUAGUAAUAUAUAGUAACAUAUGUUAGGUCCAUUUCUCAUGGAAUAGUUUAAUGUGAAGCCAUUUCUGCUUUGGAGAUUUAGUUAAUAAUUAGUUUAAGGUAGUUUUAGUUUUAAUUAGUUUAAGGCUUGUUUUAAUUGUAGCUCUUGUUUGGAAAAAAAAUUGUUUUCUGUAUAGAUAUAUGAGAUAGUUUGUUCCAUCAAACAAGUUUAUUUUGUAUUAAAGAUCCCAAUGUACUUGUUUUACACCAUUUCUAAAUAUGUGGCAAUAUUAAUGCUGAGUUGUAAUAUUCAGGAAUUAAAAUUGGGCUCUGUAAUUUUAUAAGAUGUGUUAUUUGUAAGUACUAUUUUAAUAAAAAGUUACAUGAAACCUGA